UUCUCCAGGCGCCCCUCAGCUCCGGCCGCCAUGAACCCCAGCUGCGCCCGCUGCGGCAAGAUCGUGUACCCGACCGAGAAGGUGAACUGCCUCGACAAGUUCUGGCAUAAAGCAUGUUUCCACUGCGAGGUCUGCAAGAUGACCCUCAACAUGAAAAACUACAAGGGCUAUGAGAAGAAGCCAUACUGCAAUGCACACUACCCGAAGCAGUCCUUCACCAUGGUCGCAGACACUCCAGAGAACCUGCGCCUGAAGCAGCAGAGCGAGCUUCAGAGUCAAGUUCGCUACAAGGAGGAGUUUGAAAAGAACAAAGGGAAGGGCUUCAGUGUGGUGGCUGAUACCCCUGAAUUGCAGCGAAUCAAGAAGACGCAGGAUCAGAUCAGCAACAUCAAGUAUCAUGAAGAAUUUGAAAAGAGCCGGAUGGGCACACCUGGUGGGGAGGGCGGAGAACUGGAACGCCGCAACUCUCAGGAGGGCGCCAACUACAGGAGGCCAGUGGAACAGCAGCAGCAGCCACCCCCGCACCAGCAACCUCACCACAUCCAGCCAAGUACCCCUGUGUACCACCACCAGCCGCCACCACAGGCAGCGUCUCAGUCCUAUGGCUACAAGGAGCCAGCAGCACCUGUCUCCAUACAGCGUAAUGCCCCAUCUGGAGGAGGGAAGCGGUUCCGCGCGGUUUAUGAUUACAACGCGGCGGACGAGGACGAGGUCUCCUUCCAGGACGGCGACAUGAUCAUCAACGUGCAGCAGAUCGACGAUGGCUGGAUGUAUGGCACCGUCGAGCGGACCGGCGACACGGGCAUGCUUCCGGCCAACUACGUGGAGGCUAUAUGAGCCCUGCCUGGGUGCUGCCCUGGAUGCAAGCGGGGGAAGGGCUCUCAUCGUGUGCUUCUCGUUCCAUUGUCCCUUCACUGCUGUCUCUUGUCACGCAUCGGUUACUUUCUUCUGAGCCUCUGGGCUUGGUCCUUUUUUUUUAUUCUUCUGCCAACAUAGCCUUGUUUUUGGAGGCAUUUGACAUUGGGGUGUCUCUCACUCUCUCUCUUUUUUAAACUAUCCUUGUAAGACUUUUUUGAAAAGACCAGCUGUCCUUCCAUCCUCUCCCUCUGCUUUCAUGGAACUUGGCACUGUGCUCUCCUCCCUCUACAGGGA